AUGAUUCUCCGGUUCAUUGGAAGCACGCUGUUUCUCUUCUCCAUCGUCUUCACUAUCCCUCUCGCCUUCGACGUCGGCGGACGAACCUGUGGUCUUGCGUUCUCCCUCAGCCUUGCGUCCUACUACUUCUUCCUCUCCAUCCUACGAAUCGCAACGCCCGACGAGUCGAGAUGGCGGAAAGCUGCUGUGCGAACAAUCACGGGACUGCAGGCCUUUGUCAUUCCUACCCUCUUGAUCUGGAGCUUGAACAAGUUUAGUGUGGAUGGUGGAGACGAUGCGAGCUGGGUCUCGAGGGCCUUCUACAAUGCCACCAAGCCACUGCAACAUAGCCCGAGCUUAAGAGAUUGGGUCUUUGGCAAGGACGGGCUGCUAGAGAGCGCCUUCAUCGGAGGGUGGGACAAGCUGCUGAGAUACUCUACGCCCGUCUUCCAGCUCGCCGAAGGCUUCUGCAGCUUGCUGGUCAUACAAGCGUCUGGUCAGGUCACGAGGUACUUGGUGAACCAGAGCGACGCUGGUGAUAGCUGGAUGAUUGGCCUUCUCAUGGUCUCCAGCAGCAUCAUCGCCAGCUCAGUCUACUUCCUAUGGCGCAUCACCACAUUCCCAGGGCUGGACAGCCAGGAUGCUGUUCUCAUUGGCAUUGCGAUAGCAUGUGUCGUCUUCCUGGCGGCAUGGGGCAUCGGCAGUGGACGUGGUAAUGUGGUUGAGAGCAGCUUGCUGUUUGCCUACAUCACCCUCUGCAUCUACCAGAUCUUCACCGACUAUCAACCAAGUCGUCCACUACCAGAGGUCCCACUUACGCCAGACGUAGCAGAGUUCCCUCCGCUACCGCCGAUCCUCAUGGCUAGCUACACCACCGUCCUGCAGGCACUUUCUUCUCUACCCAGCGCCAUCCACUCGAUCUUCGGCUUCAUGGUCGCCGCAGUCUCGACUGUCACGCCUUCGGUCAUCAUAUCCUUGAUGUACCGUCUGAUGGUUCUCUACGCAGCAGCUCGCAUCAUUCCAGCAGUGCGAGAGUCAGGUGCACGAGCCUUGGCAGAAGAUCCGUCGUUCGAAGAGUCCUCUGAAGGUGUUCAGACCCUGAUGGGCGUGCUGAGCUACUUCAGCCCAAGCAUCUUGAUCGCUGUCUACACCAGUCUUCUCAUGCAGCACUUCUCGAGCGCCUCUGCAGACCAUCCAGGAGAAUGGUGGACAGCCCAAGGUGGAGAAGGAGGACCAAACUUCAGCAGAUGGGCCAACCUUGCAGGCGUCAUGGCUCUAUACGCUGUGGAACUGUACCUGGGCAAAGGUCAUGACGAUGGGUUGACUGGACACUGGAAGCUGGAUUGA